AUGGGUAGAUGCUGUAGUCCGGCACAGAACUCUCCUUGCGUCCUCAAGGUCGCCCCACAACCACUUGCUGACACCGAGGAGGCGACGUUCGACGUGCCGUACGAGCCGGGGAAUGUCACCGUAGCCGAGGCUGUGUUGGCGGAGAUGGCAGAUAUCCUGACCAUGAACAUCCGUUUGGAACCCAGCCCCCUGAUGGAGGUGCCAUGGGAGCCCCCGCCGCCCGAGCCCGAAGCGCGGCAAGAGGCGGAGGAGGAGAAGCACGAGGAGGAAGAGGCUCCGAAGCCGUCGACGUCCACCGCCUCCCUGUUGCCACCUGCAGCCGAGGGCAAGAGCAAGGGCAAGAAGGACCGCCCGACCUCUGCGACAUCUCAGCCGCCGCCGACAGAGGUGGAAGUUGAAGAGGCGGCGCCUGCAGCGGAAGAGAAAGGCAACGAGGAGACCCUGCCUGGGUUCCGCUGGUGGUGUGAGACAGGCAUUGUGGCCAACAUCGAUCAGGUGCUGGUAUUUGAUGUCAGUGGAGUUUCGUGCACCCAGUCUGAUGACUAG